UUUGCCAAUGUCUUCAUAGCACUGGUGAACUGCAUUGACUGGGUCAAGAGACAAAAGAUCUCCACAGCUCAUGGAAUACUUACUGGUUUGGCGGUCUCCAGGGUUGGUUUGGUCUGGGUACUAGGCAUAUAUUGGUAUGUAAUUAUGUUUAAUCCAGCUUUAUAUAGUGUAGAAGUAAGAUUUAAUGUUUAUGUAGCCUUGAUAAUAAGUAACCACUUUAGCCUCUGGCUUGCUACUAGCCUCAGCGUGUUUUAUUUGCUCAAGAUAGCCAAUUUCUCUAACCUUCUUUUUCUUCACUUAAAGAGGAAAGUUAAAAGAGUAAUUCUCAUGAUACUGUUGGGAGCUUUGGUCUUGUUAGUUUUUCAUCUUGCAGUGGUGGUAGCUGGAAAUAUGUGGGUGAGUGAAUAUGAAGGAAACUUUACUUCAAGGACAUCAAAUGUUACGAAUAUGGCUCUAUACACAUUAGCAAACAUCAUACCCUUUACUACGUCCCUGACCUGUUUUGUGCUGUUAAUUUUUUCCUUGUGGAAACAUCUGAAACACAUGCAGUUCAGUGGCAAAGGAUCCCAAGAUCCCAGCACCAAGGUCCACAUAAGAGCCAUGCAAACUGUCAUCUCCUUUCUCUUGCUUUUUGCUAUUUACACCAUGGCUCAAGUCAUCUCAGCUUGGAGUUCUAUUGGUGUGCCAAAUGAUCCAAUAGUCCUAUGUGUCCAGGUCCUUGAAGUUCUCUAUCCUUCAGGUCAUUCAUUUGUCCUGAUUUGGGGAAACAGGAAGCUAAAACAGGACUUUCUCUCACUUUUACGGCUG